CUCCCUCCCUCCUCCUUCCCUUUGGAUUCCCCGAAGAGGGAGAGGGAUGGAGAGAUGCAUGGAUGAAUAAGUAAACAAGGUCGCCUUUUUUCCGCCUCUGGACUUGCUUCCAAAGGGGGCGAGAGGGGAGAGAGAGCCCCUCGAGACAUCUCCCACGCUCUCUCCCUGUGUUGCGAUUUUGAGGGAGGCGAAAAGGCCGUCCAACCGAAAAGAGAGGAAGAAAAGUUUGCGGAGAGUCUGCUUUCCCCUUUCCCCGCGGCUCUGGCCUCUUUCGGCUCCUUUGGGGAGAAGCAGGCUCUCUGAAUGAGUCCCCGGCGGGGAGGAGGAGGCGGCGGCUUUCCGAAGGGCCCGCGGGCUCACCUCCUCCUCUCGCUCCUGCCAUCCGAAGAAGGGUCGGAGCCUAAAGACUUGGAGGAGAUGCUCCGGAGCGCAGGGUAACCGCUGCCGGCGGGUCGGGAAAGCAGCACCUUCUCGGGAGACUUUGCGGGGAGCCUUCCUUCGCCAUGGCCCCUUGGCCCCGGGGAGGCUUGGCUUUGGCCUUGCUCUGGGCAGCGCUGCUGGGAAGAGUGACCGUGGGCCGUGGCAUCCUGGACAACAUACCGAAAUUUUCCUCUCUACCAACAUAUCUACCUGUAAAAUAUCAGAUCUCACGCACUGAGACUUCAUUUUUCCUCAGAGAAGCUAAUCAGGAGUUCAUGCGAAACUCAAGUUUGCAGUCACGGAUAGAAACCUUCUUUACCUACAAAACCAAAAAGACACCUGUAAUAAAUGCUAGUUAUGGACCAUUCUCUGUGGAACAUACUGUGCCCCAGGAUCUCCUGUUGACUUCAGACAUUUUUGGUUCCACCAACAAGUUUACAUUCAACUGGAAGCUGAAAGCCUACAUCAUGAGUGAAAAGGUUUAUUUGACCAGGCCUAAAGUUCAAAUACUUUUUUAUAUUGUGGGAAGAGAUUGGGAUGAUUACAGUGCUACAGAACAGCUACCUUGCAUGAGAGUCUUUGCUUUUCGAGAAACGCGGGAGGUCCGUGGCAGCUGCAGGCUCAAAGGCGAUCUGGGUUUAUGUGUGGCUGACUUGGAACUUCAGCCAGCCUGGUUUAACCCACCAACAGUUGUUACUGGCCGUAAGAAAGCAGCUGAUCCAUCUGAAGGAAGUUCUGUAGAGCUUUACUACACCAUCCAGCCUGGAGAUGAGAAAGGGGAGUGUAGCACUGAAGACAUCAGGAAGGGAAAUGCUAUCCGUCCAGGGAAGGAAGGAGCUGGGGAAACCAUGUCCCACUUACAAAGAAUUGGUUCUAUCAGUCUCCACCGGGUCCCAGAAAGCUCUCAGCUGACAGAGUUGUGGUUGGACAGCAAUGUGGCCCUUUGGCUGCCCUCAAAACCUGUCAAACAAGGAGAAGUAGUGAGUGCUUUAGUGACGCUCGCAAACAACGUUACAGUGGAUCAGUUCAUUCUAAGGGCUAAAGUGAAGAAAGGCGUAAAUAUUCUGAGUGCUAAGGCAAGCGAUCCACAGCAGUGGGAUGUCACACAGGAGGUUGGCAAUGGAGGAAAACAUUCAACCACAACGGUGAUGUGUCAGAGAAUAAUACCGACUCCAAGAAGCAGGAGUAGCAGUAACAAUAUGUUCAGUGAGGUGGUAAGAUUGAACUUUGAAAUUGCCAGCUUCAGCAGUCUGUCUGGGACGCAGCCCAUCACAUGGCAAGUGGAAUAUCCCCGAAAGAGGACAACAGACACAGCCCUCUCUGAAAUCUUCAUAUGCCAGAAGGAUCUUGUGGGGAUUGUUCCACUGGCAAUGGAUACAGAAAUCCUCAACACUGCAAUCCUCACAGGGAAGACAGUAGCUGUUCCCAUCAAGGUGGUUUCAAUUGAAGAAAACGGUGCUGUGACUGAUAUCUCAGAAUCAGUGGAAUGCAAAUCUUCUGCUGAGGAUGUCAUCAAAGUUUCUGACCGGUGUGAUUAUGUUUUUGUCAAUGGUAAGGAAAUGAAAGGCAAGGUUAAUACACUGGUGAACUUCACCUAUCAAUAUCUGAGUGCUGCCCUGCAAGUGACAGUUUGGGUGCCACGUCUACCUCUGCAAAUUGAAGUUUCAGAUACGGAACUCAGCCAAAUCAAAGGCUGGAGAGUUCCCAUCGUCUCUAACAAGAGACCUACACGGGACAGUGAUGAUGAUGAGGAAGAUGAGCGGAAGGGAAGAGGCUGUACCCUCCAGUAUCAGCAUGCCAUGGUGCGUGUUCUCACUCAGUUUGUGGCGGAGGAUUCCACCCCAUGGGGACAACUCACCUAUUUGCUGGGCUCUGACUGGCACUUCGACAUCACAGAUUUGGUGACAGACUUCAUGAAGCUUGAGGAGCCGCACGUGGCCCAGCUACAGGGAGGCAAAGUUCUGGUUGGACAGGAAGUUGGCAUGACAAUGGUCCAGGUUCUGUCUCCACUGUCUGACUCCAUCUUGGCAGAGAAGACUGUGACUGUGCUGGAUGACAAAGUGACCAUCACCAAUAUGGGAAUCCAGCUUGUAGCUGGAUUGUCGCUCUUUCUACAGCCCAGUACAGCAAGCCACCAGGCUAUCAUGACUACAACUGUUGCCCAAGAAUUGCUCCAUACUCCCAAACAGGAGGCAGUGGUCAGCUCCUGGAUCCAGUUCAGUGAUGGCUCUGUUACUCCGUUGGACAUUUAUGAUCCCAAAGACUUUUCACUUUCUGCUUCCUCACUCGACGAAUCCGUCAUUUCAGCCCAUCAGACUUCGAAUGUGAAAUGGCCUGUAAUUGCAGCAGAAGGUGAAGGGCAAGGCAUUUUGGUUAAAGUAGACAUGAUGAUUUCCGAAACCUGCCAGAAGUCUAAGAGGAAGAGCAUUUUAGCUGUAGGCAAUGGUAGAAUUAAAGUGAAGUUUGGUCAGAACGACGCCAAUUCCCAUGGUGUUGCUGAUUAUGAUGCUGAUGAGAUUGAAAACCAUGCGAGUGGCCGCAGGCAGAAGUCACUGGACCAAGAAAGGUAUGGCCAAGAUGGACAGUACUAUGGGAGCUCUUUAGCUGAGCUAGAGGAAGACGCUGAAAGGAAAGUCAGCACCACUGCGAAGUCUAUAAUCAAAAGCAAAGUCUUAAAAAACAGCCUGGAUGGGAAAAAGCUGUCCGAUGAUGGACAGCUCCAAAACAUUCCAAUAGACUUCACCAACUUCCCAGCUCAAAUUGACCUCCCCAAAAGUAAUGGUGGCAUGGAGGAGAAUGACCUUGUGCAGGCGCCCAGAGACCUCAGUGACUUAGAGAUUGGGAUGUAUGCCUUGUUAGGAGUGUUCUGUCUUGCCAUUCUAGUCUUUUUGAUAAAUUGUGCCACAUUCACAUUAAAAUAUCGACAUAAGCAAGUUCCAGUUGAAGGGCAGAACCCUAUGAGCCACUCCCACGAUUGGGUGUGGCUUGGGAAUGAAACAGAGUUGCUGGAGAAUCAAGGAAACGCCGCUCUCCAGCAGGAUGAGCGCACAACUAAUAUUGACCGAGGUAUAGGCUUUGAUGAAAGCAACCAGCUUCUCAAUGGCAACACACUGAAGAGCAUCCAGAGCCAAAUUCAUCGGUCAGCUGACUCGGAGAGCAAGCAGGAAAAAGAGCAAAGGCUUGAGCCCCCUUUGCAUUCUCCCACCUCCAAGCGAAAGCGUGUCAAGUUCACAACAUUCACCACCAUUCCUCCAGAUGAUGGUUGUCCUACUGUCAACUCCAUCCUCAACUGCAAUGAGGAUGACAUUAAAUGGGUUUGCCAAGAUAUGGACCUGGGGGAGACAAAAGAGAUCAGAAACUACAUGGAGAAGCUCAAAGACAAAGCAUAGCUCCAACUCUAGGUUUUUAUCAGUUCAGAACCACACCUUGAUGCCUUCAGUUGUAUUGGAACAUAAAACAUAAGAUGGAUGUUUGUGUGUUGGGGAGGGAACCAGAUUUACAAACAAGAUAGGGGUUCCUAAAUAGGGAGAGGUGUUUGCUAAAGCUAUCCAUGGUAGGUUAUUUUUCUUUCCCUUCACUUCAAAUGGAAUGCUCAUGUCUUUGAGUCCAAAGGAAUAAAUUGGAUAAUACGAUAAACUGGAAAAAGGCAAAAUUAUGAAAUUUAUGCUUAGGGUGUUGAAGACUAUUAAACAGAAGGUACCAAAAGUAUUUUUUAAACAGAAAAAAUAAUAAAACACAUGAAACGUCUUUAUAUUUCUAAUAACACAUUGAAAAUGUGAAACCAAGACUUGAGAAGAGACUAUGUGGAGGUUCUCCUCAGACGGCGGCUUUCUGGUCCUGCAGAUAAAGGGAGGAUAUGAUGUUUAGAGAAAAGAGUUGCUGUUCUUUUUUUUCUUUUCAUGUUUAUUUUUUUAAACAAAAUAUGUGUGUCACAUGCUGAAAAUAGAUCUCUCUUCACUCACUCCUCCAUCUCUUCUUCACCACUCUGCCUUUCAGAUUUUGCUUUCAGUGCAUGUCAUAGGAGAGGUGUUAAACAUUCAAAUCACAGAGUGUCUUUACAACAGAGUGGGAAAACUUCAGGCUUUUGGGGUUUUUACUGGAAUGAAAGAUACAAGAACUGGAAUCUGGUAUAGAUAAAUUAAGAAAUGUACUUAAAUUUUAAAAAAUUCUAAACCCAGGAAUUUGUUUUGAGUAUCAGCACUGAGUGGAUCUAUCCAUCUUUCCAUACAGAAAUCCAGUGGCAGCUGGUGAUUCUGAUGUCAGUGGAGCAGUGAAUCCACUGCAAAGUUUAAUCAUUUUAUUACUGCUGUUGUGAAACUAUUGAGAGUAGAGAUCAUUCAGGGUGCUGGAACACAAAACAUGAAGGUCUAUGAGCUCUGUUUGUUGCAGCAGGUACUUUUCCUAGUGCUGCCAUUCUCCUCUCCAAGCAAAGCCUCGUUUACAGAGGGCUCACAUCUCCACACUCUUGGCUGGCUUUGUUACUUCUCAGUUAUGACAUUGCACAAAAUCAUGUCAUGCCAUAUCAUAAUUGAGAAAAAAAAUAUGGGUGAAAGGAAGAGGAGGGUCACUGCCAUUGGGGGUAAGAUGAGAAAAAAGAGAUACAAGUGUCCACAACUCAAGUCUGAGACAAAUCUAACAUCUGGCUAAGCAAAGGGGCAAGCUCUCAUGGGAACAAGACUUUGGUCUAGAAGCAGUCCUGGUUGAGGCUGAUUAUGGCACAAUUUUUUACCAGGUCAAAGAUGACCAAUGGGCUGUCUGAGUGGGUGGAGCUACCCUGAAGGAUGGAGUCGGUAAGGGGAAUUAUCAACACAUCAUUUCAAAUAGUUUGCCACAAGGGGGCAGGCCAAGCAAAAAUCAUAAUACUAGAUUCUACUUUGAGUUGCUCCUCAUUUACAACAAAAACAGUUGAAGGGAACCAAAGUUCUUUUCUGUCUCUCUGGAAUUCCUGUUCAGCCAGCUAAAUAGGGACAUGCUAUGGCUGUCUUUAUAAUUCCAGUUAUUUUAAGGGUUUUGAUGGGUUUAAUUGACCCUGUGGUUUCCCUCUUAGUCCCCCCCCCCCCUUUGGCUACUUGGAUGCAAUGGAACUUGCCACCCUAUAAUGUAGAUGGACUUUUUAACAAUAUUUGCCUAGUAUGCAUUGUAGACUGAAAGAAUGUAAUAUUUAUUUAUACAUGUUAUGCAAAUUGUCAUUAAAAUGCUUUACAUGGCUUGA